GAUACAUGACAUAUUCGCGAGGUUAACGUCUUUUAGCGCACAUAUAAACACGUAAAAAUUGUUAAGAAAUAAUUAAUUUGACAUUUGUGUUCAAAUUCUUUUGACUUAACUCUGUUUAAUAUCAAAUUUCUAAUUGGAUUUGUUAUUAUCUAUUUACAAAGAGAAGGGCGCAAUGUACUUUGCGCUCGCGUAAAAAACUAGGGACGUAUUAUACGUUGUAAUAUACGCGUACAGAACCAUGUAUGUAUAUUACAUGACUUAUUAUACAUAUCCAACUCUGCAUUUCCUGUAGAUUUCGCCCGACGAUCGCGGUGGCAAACGAAUGUCCGUCACCGGGAUCGCCAGGAGUCUCCAGUACCAACUACGCAUACGCAAUUAAGCGAAAUUUUGAUUAAACAAAGGUAUAACACAAUAGAACAGUGAAACAGUGAAAUAAUAGAAGAAACAACCACGUUUCAAGGAUAUAACACAAUAAGGCAGCGAAACCGUGAAAUAAUAGGAGGAACAACCACGUUUCAAGAAAAUCAAUUGAACGGCGCCUCUAGCUUCGUCAAUAAAUAAGUUGGCAUUAUAGAAACUGCGCAAUGAAGACUCUGGAGCAAAGAAUUCAGAAGUCUCCAUAGAAGCCCAGAAGGAUACGAACGUUUGAUGCUCGAUAAGUAGUAUGUUAGCCAAUGGAUGGCAGUGCUGUAAUCAUCUCUCCGUCUCUCUUAAUCUUAUGGCGAUCAGAGAUGCUCCGUGGUGAUAUAUAGCGGAUUGCAUUCUUUCUUUAUCUUACACCCAAUACUCGCCUUUCUAUAUACGUCUCUCUUCCUCCUGUAUGGAGAUAUCGUUGGCUAACACAUGCGAUCUCUCUUUUACCCCCAUUUCUGGUUUGUUAAUCAACUUUUAAAGCAUCAAGCGCUAACAUAGGAUCUGGGCAUCUAUGGGACUUCUGAAUUCUUUGGCUGAAGCCAUAACUAGUAACCAACCAUACAUAUGCUGUAACCGUAUUGGUCACAUAAUUUUCUAAUUUUCUCCGUUCUACACAGUAAAUUACUUAAUUUACGUGAUAUUUUGUAUUACGAAUGAUGGAGCAACAAACAGAAGGAAAUAAUGAGGACAAAUGUAAACGAAAUAUUCUUUCUCAAAACAUAGUUAAAGGGGUUUCACCUUUAGCACUAUAUAUUCCUGACUUCAUAUCUGAAAUAGAUGAAACUUAUAUAGUGAAACAAAUUAAUAGUGCACCAGUGCCAAAAUGGACACAAUUAAGUCAUCGUAGACUUCAGAAUUGGGGUGGAAUACCACAUGCCAAAGGUAUGAUUGCUGAAGAUAUGCCAAGUUGGCUUACAAAAUACAUUGACAAGAUAUGUGAUUUAAAUGUUUUUGAACAAAGUGUAUUACCUAAUCAUGUAUUAAUUAAUGAAUAUCUACCAGGUCAAGGAAUAAUGGCACAUUCUGAUGGACCACUUUUUCAUCCUAUUGUAACUACUAUUAGUUGUGGUUCUCAUACUUUACUAGACUUUUAUAAACGAUUGGACACGGAAGAAAUUGAUAAAACAUCAAAGAUUGAAUUCAGCUUCUUACUUGAACCAAGAAGUUUGUUAAUUUUGCAAAAAGACUUGUAUCAUAAUUAUUUACAUUCUAUAGCUGAAAAGACAAGUGAUACUAUAACAAAGGAAAUAAAAAAUUUGAAUCUGUGUUCAACAAAUUAUACAGAUGAAGAAGUGAUACAGCGAGGAACAAGAUUAUCAUUAACAAUUAGACACGUUCCAAAAACUAGUAAACUUAAGUUAAGAAUAAGAAAAUAAAAUAAAUUUUUGUAUAAAGUA